AUGUUGGGUGAAUCGACUUGACUCGAUCCAACACAAUGCAGUAGAGAUAUCAUCACCGCUCAGGAUAUAUAUAUAUAGAUAGAUAGGAUACGCAGGCUGACACAAAACAACUAGUGAAUUAAUGGUGAUGACGACAGCGGGGGCGGCGGAGAGCGAGCGGUUUGGAUGGCCGGCGCUGUGGUCGGCGGCGGCGAGCCUUCUGUUCCUCUUGUCCAUGGUGCAGGAGCACAUCCCCUUCCAGCUGCAGGACCACCUCGCCGCCCGCCUCCACGCCCUCCUCUCCCCCUACGCCACCAUCACCAUCGACGACAAGUCCUCCCACUACUUCUCCCGCUGCGAGGCCUUCUUCGCCGUCGAGGCCUACCUCGGCGCCUCCCCCUGCGCCGCCAACGCCCGCCGCCUCCGCGCCGACCUCGCCGAGGGCGCCGAUCGCAUGGCCCUCGCCGUCGACGACCACGAGGCUGUCGCCGACGACUUCCGCGGCGCCACCAUGUGGUGGCGCAAGACCAAGGCGCUCCCCAGCGCCAACGUCAUCACCUGGUCCCCGCGCAACGCCGAGCGCCGCAGCUACCGCCUCACCUUCCACCGCCGCCACCGCGCGCUCGUCGAGAACGCCUACCUUCCCCACGUCCUCGCCGAGGGCCGCGCCGUCACCGUCCGCAACCGCCAGCGCCGCCUCUUCACCAACAACCCCAGCGCCGACUGGUCUGCCUACGACGACGCCCGCGUCUGGAGCCACGUCAAGCUGGAGCACCCCUCCACCUUCGCCACGCUCGCCAUGGACCCCGUCCGGAAGCAGGAGAUCAUCGACGACCUCGACAUGUUCCGCGACGGCAAGGAAUACUACGCCUCCGUCGGCAAGGCGUGGAAACGCGGCUACCUGCUGUUCGGGCCACCCGGCACAGGCAAGUCCACCAUGAUCGCCGCCAUGGCAAACUUCCUAGACUACGGCGUCUACGACCUCGAGCUGACGGCAGUCAAGAGCAACACCGAGCUACGGAGGCUGUUCAUCGAGACCACCGGAAAGUCGAUCAUCGUCAUCGAGGACAUCGACUGCUCCAUCGACCUCACCGGCAAGCGCAAGAAGAAGAAAAAGGACAAGAAGAAGAAGAAGAUGACGCCACCUUGGGCCCGCGACGAUGACGAGGAGCUUAUGUGGAGGAGAGAUGUAACAAAAAGUUAAAGGUGUUGGUUCUCAUGCAAGAGCUAGCUUAACACAAGCUCCAAGACAAAUACAAUUAAUGUAUAGGUGAGAGAUAGAGAGAGGAGAAGAAAAUUGUAGUCAACCUUAUAGCUAAUCUAUUAUAUGUGUUGGCUUUAAGAUUAGCUAAUAGUAGGAAGUGAGCUCUAUUAUUAUCCUUGCUCUAAGAUAUGACAAUAGAAACUACACUCUACAACCCAUGAUUUCUUAAAGUGGGCCUUUAAUAAAUACAUCAUUCCUCUUCUC